AUGCAGUCAACAGUACUUCAGUACGAUUUAAGCCCCGAAGUGAUACCCCGAACCAAAUGCUUUAAAUUUGUAAAAUACUCGUUGAUAUCGGCGCUGGUUUUGCUCAUCUCAAUGGCGCUGAUUGUGCUGAUCGUGGCUGAGGCCAAGUCUAACGAGAAAAUGUUUCUCAGUUUAGGCAUCAUAUCCCUGGUCGGCGUAAUUGUGUUCGUAAUCGGAUUGUUAGCCAUAAUCAAAGAGCACAUCCCGUCGGUGAUGAUCUUUGCGGUGAUCAUUAUAUUCUAUUUACUGCUGUUUAUGUACUCACGAGUGCUCACGAGUCCCGGUCUCAUAGUCUUCCGGACACUCGUCCUGUUGUUGCUGUCGAUCGAGUCGUUGUGUUUCGCGAUUAUGAUUAGAGAUUGGCGUCAAUUACAACAGUCGAGGCUUAACGCCAAAUACCUGUCCGCUGCCAAUCACCACAUCUACACCACUCCUUAUGGUCACCCCCUGUAUGGUUAUCAGUACUAUACAACUGUCCCCUUACGACACGACCAGAACAUUCAGAAUAUGCAAAAUAUUUAAUUAUACAAAGUAUUGCAUGAUAAUGUUAUCUACUUAAUAAAUAAUACCUGUUCUAAGUUAUAAUUAAUACAAUUUAUUGUAGCUUAUCAUGUUAGCC